GAAACGCCAAAUUGUGCCAUUUGCAAUGCACCGGGCACCCCCGAAUGUCCAUGUGAAGCAGAUAGAUUGAAGAUUGCAGUCGAACAAGCACAGAGGCGAGCUUUGGAUCCUCGCUUGGCGGAGAUACGAAGUUGGGUUAUUGAUCACGCACGAGAGGCUGUUCUUAUCAGACAUCAACAAAUGACAAAAGUCCGAAAUACAGCACAUACCACAUAUCUCUCAUCUCUGCCAUACUAUAGCAUAUACAUGCAAUACUCGGGUAACCCACCUCUCCAUCCAGUCGCAGUCCAACAACUACAACAUCAGAUCCGUGAAGCUCACGCCGAGCUCAAACGAGGUAUCGAUGCCGACUGGAGAGCAUCGAUCCAGCGAUAUCCAGAGGUACUUGACUACUUUUUCAGCCUUGUUGAACUGAGACUACCUAAUCACCCCCUUGGGUCUAUGGAGCCACCGCCUUUCGGAGCA